UAGUAGAAACAGUUCUGUGGGAGGUAGCGGACCUUCAGGAUAUUCCUGGAUCCCGGUUUUGAUUUAUCAAAACCCGCUCCUCGCAGGUCGUGAUCCGCUUCCGGUUUGAAUGCAGGAUCCAGGUCCAGGUUUUCCAGAUUCCCCGACAGAGGUCACGCAGCUUAGAGAUUCGGGAAGCCGCGGGGUCACGGACCACAACUAGGACCAGAACCAGACAAACCAUGAGCAGCAGAGUGUGUUGGAAGCUCCUGCAGGACGCCGGAGCACCUCCGACUGCUCUCAGUUGGAUCUGCGCCUCCUCCUGCCACAGAGUCCCGGCCUGCCUCAGACCUGAACCCCGCAGGAGACUCUCCUCCUCCUCCUCCUCUUCAUCCUCCUCCUCCUCCAUGAAUGUGUUCAACAGGGCGAUGAAGAGGAGGCAGAAGGACUGGGCGGCCUCUCUACAGGAGCGGCAUCAGUACGACUACCUGAGGGAGGAGGUCGGCGCCCGAGUGGCUGAUCGGGUUUACGACAUUGCGAGGACCUUCCCACUGGCACUGGACGUGGGCGGAGGAAAAAGUCAUAUCAUAGAGCACCUGAACGCGGAUGUGGUGCAGCGUUUGGUUCUGACUGACGUCUCUCGGCAGACUCUGGCUCACAGGAAACAGACUGAAGUCUCCACUCUCAGCGUUCAGGCCGAUGAAGAGUUUUUGCCCUUUAGAGAAAACUCCUUCGACCUGGUGCUGAGCAGUCUGACGCUGCACUGGACCAACGACCUGCCUGGCGCUCUCUCUCAGAUCUGUGGCGUGCUGAAGCCAGACGGUGUGUUCAUAGGAGCCAUGGUGGGCGGAGAGACGCUGUACGAGCUGCGCUGCUCGCUGCAGCUGGCUGAGACGGAGCGUGAAGGCGGCUUCUCGCCGCGAGUUUCCCCGUACACCAGCAUGUCCCAGCUGGGUAACCUGCUGAGCAGAGCCGGCUUCAGCAUGCUGACUGUGGAUGUCGACGAGGUUCAGAUUCACUAUCCAGGAAUGAUGGAGUUGAUGAUGGAUCUACAAGGGAUGGGUGAGAGUAACUGUGCAUGGAACAGGAGGUCGAUGCUGCACAGAGACACCAUGUUAGCAGCUGCUGCUGUUUACAAAGAGAUGUACGGGAACGAGGACGGCUCGGUGCCCGCCACCUUCGACAUAAUCUACAUGAUUGGCUGGAAGCCCCAUGAGUCACAGGCCAAACCGGCACGGCGAGGCUCGGCCACGGCAUCAUUCGGAGACCUGUGGAAGGUGGACCAGCCAGGCGGUAGCCAGAAGCCCUGAUGGCUUCGCUGCAACUCGGCUUCUUCAAGCUGAGCUCAGUUCCAGGAUUUCACAUUCAUAGGCCUGUGGAAUAAACAGCAGGGUGUGUGUGUGUGUGUGUCAGUGGGAGGCAUCCAAAGACCAACAACAACCACAUAAACACUGUGAAAAACACUCAGACAUGAAACAACUUUUGUCUUCACCAUCCUCAACCUGCAAAACAAGCAAAAAGUGAAGGAUGGAAGAGCUGAAAAAAAGAAUUUGGCAUUUAUUGUUUGUACCACUUAAUGUAUUGAUUUGUCUCAUGAGACUACAAACAGUGGGCCUUUCUCCUGAGUUUCGUCACUCAUGAGAUGUUUUUUAAUCAUUCUGUUGUCUUCUGACUUUGACCUAUUGUUCAUAGGUCACAUUUUGUGCACAGUAUGAGGGCAUCGCCUCAGGGGCUACAGUGGGAUUCAAACCUGUAACCCUGUGCACACGUGUCCUUCUGGGUACCACUGAUUGCUUUAGAGCUUAUUUCAGUGGUAAUAAAUCAUGUUCAGUAACUUUUGAGGAUGUGAAUGUUUAUUUGUUGAUAAAACAUAUUUAUUCUUCUAACUGAGUUUUAUUUCCAUACAGACGAUGCAGACUUGAAUAAAGUCACAAUAUGGAUA